AGCCAAUGAAAAUAUUUCCUGUUUCGACCACCGCUAACUCAAGGAAGUUUUCUGCGCGGAUUUAUGCCGUUGUGAUUGGCACUGUUGCCGUUCUUGCAAAAUAUGACAACAACCGCGACUUACUGGAGUGCGACUUGUUCCCACAUUCCCAAGUGGUAAAAAUGUUCCCUGGCGUCUUGAAACAGUGCGCUGCAUGGAGGCUGUUUUGAAAAACAUUGAGAGCACAUCGGAGUUGCUGGCCAUCUCUGAGACUGACCAUGUGAGACAGUGGAAUGAAGCCACCGUAAAGAGAGCUUUCCAGUGGAGCAACUACUGUGAGCAGAUCUUCAAAAGAUUCAACGCAAACACAUCAUUUAGAACGGCCAUAGAAAACCAACUGCGCGUUACGAACGACCAUCUGCGUAAAACCUUUUUGGAACACAAGGAUGUGACUUUUACCGAUCUGGGUCGAUGCAGAGAUGUGUUGAUGGUGCGAUUGUUGCAGAAUCUCGCGUGCCCUCAUUCUGUUGUAAAUGCUCUUUUUGGAAGUUUCUGUAAACCAAGUCCUGAAAGUGGCGACGCACAAGCAUCUUUGGCUUUGGGCUUUCCUGCUCUACAGGGCUCACUUUUGCGAAAGUCGGCAGGUGAACUGUUAUGGACUUCUGACAUUAAUCUGGGACCCACAUGUGGUGGUCUAUGUAUGAAAGCCCUAGUGAAUGGUUCAAUCUUAGGUGAACACAUACAAAAGCUUCUCACCCACACAGGUAGUGACAACCUUGCAGAGAGAUUGCUGGACUCUCUUUCCCAAUCUGACACUGAGGACAGCUGUCCAGAAAUUAUUGCAGGUGCUCUUCUUUCCUGUGGAGACAGUGCAUCAUCUGAUGUUGCCAGAAACACUAUCCUCACCUGGCUGGAGUCUCACCCAAACACACUUUGCAGGAUGUGCCAAUUGUUGCCAAUGUUGACUUUGACUAUACUUGCACAGCAGUCAGAGCGGUUUCAGCUGGCGUACAUGGACAUACUGAAACAGUGGGCCACAUAUUUGACGUAUGAUGUAACUAAAGGCGAAUGGGUCACGAGUGAAGACAACAGUGUGCCAUUUUCCACACUCACAAAACACUUCAGGUCUUUAACUACAAGUGGACAUCAUCAGCUUGAAACAUUUAUUUUUAGACAGCUACAUGAACUAAAAGAGAAUGAUGGAGGCUUUGAGGAGAGGGGUCUAAGUGUAUUCGGAGACAUCCUCUCACAGCUGAACACUAGGCCUAUCCAAUGUCCAACCGGUGUAUCCUGAGUACAUCACCAUCAGAAUUGAAAAUAAAACCUUUUUGUCCAGUAGCCUAUGUUUAUAUUUUUUUGUAGUUACCCUGUGAUCAAAUAAAGUGUCUGUUUCAAUUUGGGGUGUCUUUUUAGCCUAUGGGAGAUAGGGGGCAAUGGUGCUCUGCUAUUCUCCCAUCCAGGGCGCCCUGGUGACCGGUGUAGAUGCCAUUAGUACAGAUGCCGGAGUGUUCAUCUGUAGAAAAGAGGAAUGUAGGUACAGUGGUCAGGAAUGCACAAUCACUUCUCCUUACGGCAGUCUCUCUAGAUGCAUAAUUUACUGUAUUGUGUUUGUGUGACACUGUAUGGUGCAAAUUGAAUGCAGAAUAUGUUUUGUGUUUGGCAAGAGGUCAUCAAGUCUAUAUCAGACUAUGACAGAGACAUCUAAAAUUGAUUAUGUCCGUUCAUUAAAACUCCCUAACUUUG